AUGAGCGUUGCUAGGCCAGAGACUGCGGUGUCGACGAGUUCAGAACAUGCAGAUGACUCGAUCCAACCCAUUGCUUCACGAACUUCCUCGGUCUCCUCCUACAGAACAAACUAUAGCGCCUCCACCGCGCCCACCGCAUACUCCUCAUCAUCACCCGCGUCAUCUUACCGCCAAUUUGACUCCGUGAGCUCGAUACCCAAGUUCACCGAACCAGUGCAACGCCGAGUACCCCAGGAGGUCUACGAAGUGAUCAUUCACCAUUUGGAAGAGCUGCAUAAAAGCCAGCACCAAACGGGCUGUACGACGUGUUUCCAACGCGACCUGCAUGCAUUGUCAUUAACCUGCCGCUCAUGGGAACGGGCGGUGCGAGGUCCCUUAUACAACAGGGUACACAUUGUCGGGAAUGACUCUCCCGCACAAUUGAAGAAAUACCGCCUGAAGCGAGGAAGUCGCCUCAAGCUGCUGAGAAGAACCCUGCGCGAACGUAAGUUGCUGGCCAACCUGGUGUACGAGUUGCGGGUUCCUCAACUAGACUUGCUCUUCACCACAACCAGGCAGAGUACGCAAUGGGAGGAAUAUCGCGAUCUGGUGGCAUCCGUGGUGAUGGUUUGUCCGAACUUGGAGCGCCUGUUGGGUCUCUCGAUCCCCUACCACCAUGAAUUCAACCGGUUAACCCAUGCCCUGUCCACGCGCAAGAAGCUGAAAGAGCAUACCUGGGUGUUGGGCGAGCCGGCGGAAGUAUCAGAGGGAUCAACCCGCGACGACUCCUGCCCAGGGAGCUUGGGGCCCUCGCAAAUGUUCGAGUUUUUGGAUUAUCAUACUUCGUGGUCGAAUUUGGAGACCCUGAUGCUCUAUGGGUUGAAUGGGAAUGGGGUAUUGGAGCCCAGUGUGUCUCUCCGCAUGUUUAACCUUCUUCCUUCGUUGCGAAACCUCUGUGUGACCUCCUUCGACAAAGACUCCUUCGAUGAUAACACACUGUUAUGUCUGCCCCCCGUGGAAUCCUUGAGACUGGAAAAUCUUCCGGGGAUCACGGAUACCGGUCUCACACAGUUUGCCUCACGACCCGAAUCGUCGUCUCUCCAGACCCUCGUCCUGGUAGAGCAGAACAUCGAAUCGUUGCUGUCAAUCUCCAAGAUUCUUUCUUCCCUUCGAAACCUCCAACGCUUUAAGAUCGUGCAGACGGAAAAAUGCCCAACCCUCCCGGAUCAGGACAUGAUCUUCCAGCCUAUUCUUGCAUCCUCAACUCUCAAAUACCUUCAUUGGGACGUUGCAUGCCCAGACCCCCAUGCAGCUCUCACUCAACUUGAUACCCUCCCCUUCCAGAAGCCCUCCAAACCCUCCAACACCCCCAACUCUCAUCUCGCCCAAAGCAUCCUCUCGGCGGGAUUCCCCGAACUGGAAGCCCUCCGGGCACCCUCCGACGUGGAACCCCCAGGUGUUCUCCAGGCCGCCUGUCGCCCCAUCACCAAAGGCCAAGCCCUCCUCCGCCCCGAUCGAUUCAGCCUGCCGCGCAGCUCCCACGGAUCCGUCAACACUCGACCCCUUGCGCUACCGGCCGGGAAUAAUCUGACUUCGGCACGAAUCCGCGCUCAGACGUUCAUCGACAUGGCGGCGAAGGAUACCGAAUCAGGCUUGCCAGUCUUGAUCCAGGAUUGGUCCGACGAAUUCGUGCCUGACAACGCACAGGCAUCGCAAUUCGAGGACGACCCAGAGCAGGAAAUGGACGACUAUGGGAUUUGGGCCGCCUGCGAGCGCUUUAAACAUCAAGAGAACGAUCACAAGGGCCCUCAAACGGUUUACCAGUUCAACAUGCCUACAUUCAUGGGCCGCAGUGGCAUGCGGGAUCCCAUCACGGGCGCAUCCAUCCCGCACUUUAUGCUGCGUCCUGAUAUCACUGGACAGGAGUCCGAUGGUGGUCUGAUCGGAUGGAAGCAGCUGUUGGCCUCAAACCAGUCAUUAUCAUAUGCUGCAGGCGUAGGCGUCAACUGCUUCGGGAGUGAUGUCCCUGCUCCCCCUCCGCCAGAAGAUAUCGCUUCUCCCGCAUCCACUACUUCCAAAUUUGGCUGGGGCAGUCUGAGUGGCCGUUCAAUGAUGGGCACUUCGCCCACUACCCCCACCACCCCGAUUACGCCGAUGAGCAGUGUCUCUGGCUCCGUUUUGCCCUGGGACAAAGAUACCUGUACUGGAUCCUGGAAUCACAAAACGGGCCGGGACUGGUGGUUCCAUAUGGAGCGUGAUCGCCCAGGCAAUUCGGAGCUCAUUGAUGUCAAGCAGCUUUUCUAA